GGGAAAAGAAAAAGAGUCUUAUUUUCUUGGCCUUUGUUUACCCAAGGAGGCCAAGUUAGUUGCCACCAUCAGUGGCAGAACGGUACUUUAUGCUAACUUCCUCUUACUAAAAUUUUCUAUAAAUUCAACUACUCUUAACCGAACAAUAUAUCCUCACAUCUCUCUCUUUCGUUUCUCUAGUAGGAAAGAAGAGUCUCCAAGUUCCAAGUUAACACAAGAAGUAAACAUGGGUCCUGUUGGGUUCUUAGUCAUGGCUUUGGUAGGAGUAAUGACUUCUUCUGUGAACGGCUAUGAAGGCGGCUGGGUCAAUGCACACGCCACAUUCUACGGAGGUGGCGAUGCUUCCGGCACAAUGGGUGGUGCUUGUGGAUACGGCAACCUAUAUAGCCAAGGGUACGGGACAAACACCGCGGCUUUGAGCACAGCUCUGUUCAAUAACGGACUUAGCUGCGGUUCUUGCUUUGAGAUAAGAUGUGAAAACGAUGGUAAAUGGUGUCUCCCUGGCUCAAUCGUUGUAACCGCUACAAACUUUUGCCCACCAAACAACGCCUUACCUAACAACAAUGGUGGUUGGUGUAAUCCUCCUCUUCAACACUUUGAUCUUGCUCAGCCUGUGUUUCAACGCAUUGCUCAAUACAGAGCUGGCAUCGUCCCUGUCUCUUACAGAAGGGUUCCGUGUAUGAGAAGGGGAGGAAUCAGGUUUACCAUAAACGGUCACUCAUACUUCAACCUCGUUCUGAUCACAAACGUCGGCGGCGCCGGAGACGUUCACUCGGCGGCGAUCAAGGGUUCAAGAACAGGUUGGCAAGCUAUGUCAAGAAACUGGGGGCAAAACUGGCAAAGCAACUCUUACCUCAACGGUCAAGCACUUUCUUUCAAAGUCACCACCAGCGACGGCCGCACCGUCGUCUCCUACAACGCCGCUCCUUCUGGCUGGUCCUUCGGCCAGACAUUCACCGGUGGACAGUUCCGCUAAAAGGAGCAGUUUGGUCAUUCUACACUCUAUUUUUAUAUCUAAAAAGUAAGCUGUUGUGUGGUGUGUAGAGGCAUAUUGAUAAAUGGGUUAUUGCUGAGAGAGUGAUGCGUCGAGGGCUUGGUUUUGCAGAAGGCCUUGACGACAUCUAUCUUUUUGAACCUCUUUACUUUUUUUUUUCUUGAAUGUAGUUUUAUACUAAGAGAGGGAAAAAGAAACACAUAGUAGUAGUUAUUGUAUUACUGAUGCAGAGGUGGAGUUGUAACUACCACCCGCUAGUAGUAACGAGUAUCCCAUUUUACUCGAGGCAAAUUUAUAAGGAUUUUUCAAUUGUAUUGUUGUUAUGUUGUAUGCUAUGAGAUCAAGCGAGCUCAUUAUUAUGUUUGUAAUAAUACAAGUUUUAAUAAAGUUAUGAAAUUUAGGGUUUGGUCA